GCCUACUUCUACCCCGACCCCCUCCUCUCCGACUACCGGAUGGACAACAUCCGCUGGCAGUGGGUGGACGGGAUCUUCUCGCUCACUUUGUCGCCCGUGGACCCCGAGUCCGAGGAUCGGUACCUGUACUUCCACGCGCUGAGCUCCAACCGGGAGUUCCGCGUCCCCGUCUCCAAGAUCAACACGGAGCCGGCGGCUCGCAACAGCGUGGACGACUUCGAGGCGGUCGGCGAUCCCCGCGGCGGUGCCGGGCAUCACGCUAGCGGCUCGGCCAUGGACAACAACGGCGUUCUCUUCUACAACAUGCCCUCGCUGAAAGCCAUCGGGUGCUGGAACUCCCGAUCCUACAAACACAGCCAGUACUCGCAGGGUCUUCUGGCGGUCAGCAACGACUCCCUCUCGUUCGCCAACGACAUGAAGCUGGAUUUCACCGACGUGGACCAAGACGGUAACCCGAGGAAGCUCUACAUCAUGGCUAAUCGGCUCCAUCAGUAUCUCUAUGGCAGACUCGACCCGGUCGGACCCAAUUACUUCUUGACUGUUGUUGAUGUGAGUCGCGCCGUCAGGGGAACUGUUU